AUGACGAACUCGACAUGCCCAUCCUUCGUGACCGGCGAAACUGUAUGCCUUCCCCCAAUUAAAAUUCCCUUCUACUUCUCCCUCCGCCCAAACCUAUUCGAUGGCAUUCCAGAUACCUAUGUCGCAGUCGCUGCGCCCGUGCUCGCUUAUUGGUUCAUGUCUCUUAUUUUCCACUGUCUUGACAUCUCUAGCUGGAAAUGGCUCGAUAAAUACCGCAUUCACGAGUCAGAGGAGGUCAAGUCCAGGAACUUGGCAACGUAUUGGGAGGUCAUACGCGCCGUCAUAAUCCAGCAUGUAAUGCAAACUAUGUUGGGUUUAGCAUGGUUGACAGAGCCCCCUGAAAUCUCGGUUGCGCGGUGUCAGAGCCAGAUGGAGGACUUGGGAAGAACGCUGAUAUUGGUCUUGCGAUUUCUUAUGGGAGAGGAAACUGGGAUGAAGUUCUUGGACCUCCGCGGGCCUGAGAUGACCCAUUGGCUGUACUGGUGGGGAAUUCCAGUAGUUCAGAUCUUAUUCGCGCUGUUCAUUUUCGAUACCUGGCAGUACUUUCUCCACCGCUCCAUGCAUAUGAACAAGUAUCUAUACAAAAAAAUCCACUCCGUGCACCACAGACUCUACGUCCCCUAUGCGUUCGGGGCAUUAUACAACCACCCUAUCGAGGGAUUCUUGCUGGACAGCCUAGGUGCAGUCAUAGCAGAGUAUGCCGCGUGCCUUUCUGUACGACAGAGCAUAUUCCUCUUCGCGUUUAGCACAUGCAAGACUGUCGACGAUCACUGCGGAUACAGUCUCCCAUUCGAUCCCUUCCAGAUGAUGAGCGGGAAUAACGCAGAUUACCACGACAUACAUCAUCAGACAAUCGGCAUCAAGUCAAAUUUCUCACAGCCUUUCUUCAUCCACUGGGACGCCCUCCUUGGUACUCGCAUGACCAGAGAAGAUAUUCAACAACGCAGACAGAAGGUCAAGAUGACGUGA